AUGUUGCAAUCAUUCAAGAACUACGUUUUCCCAAGCCAACAACUGAGACUCGUACUUUUAGAUUUCAAGGAUCUGAAGACCUUCGACAGGAUAAUCGCCACCUCUGACGAAUCACUGGGAGGAUUCUCCACCGUUCACUUUGAUCCUUAUAGAGAUGAAGACACGGGGAAAUUGUGCGCACGAUUCCAUGGAAAUCUAAAUCUGAACCUCCCAGCUGACCCAAAGGUGAAGGAUUCUGGAUGGGCGAUGUUCAAGACCAAAGAUCGCCAGAAAAGGCAUUCUUUUAGGCCGUUUUAUCUUAGCAAGCGAUUUGCCAACUUCUGGUGGGACCUGUCCACGUUCUACGCGGUUCAUUUGCGGGUGAAAAACCAAACUCCAGAACGGAAGUUUAUGAUCAACUUUCAAACGGACACCUCCUCUAGAACAGAUUUAUUUCAGCAUAGAGUCUUUCUUGAGAAUAAUAGUCAAUGGCAAGAUGUAUUUAUCUCUUUCAGUGAUUUUGUACUCACUAAUAAGGGCAAGAUUCAAAUACAAUACGACGAGGAAUUUGAGAAGGAUCGUGUAAGGAGCGUUGGACUUUCUAUUGCUGAUAAGAAAUUUGGAGAGUAUAGUUUACUCAUCGACACUAUCGAGUGCCUCUACGGAGACGAAUAUGCUGAUAAGAUGACUCAAGCCAGAAAUAACCCGCUUUUAGAGUCCAACAGCUCAUUCUCAAAUACGCUCAAUUAAGAAGUAAUUAAAAACUAUUGGUUGCGGAUUCUCUUGACGCUUUCUUCAGGUGCUUCAGAUUCUCUUUUUUGAUCUUCUGUCCGACCUUUUGGAGGAUUCAAGAGAGAAUACACAGUCGCUGACGAUGCGGUCUGCAAACCAGGAACAGAUGUUGCGCUCGCUGAACUCGAGGAGUUCGUUCGGCUUUGCUGUGCUGUCUGUUGUUGCUGAUGUUCGUGGACUGACCUUUGGUUCAUUUGGGGGGGUAUCGAUCUUGGCGGAUUGCUCAGUGAGUAAGUUUGACUCGAUCGUUUUUCUUCAGCCACCGGCUGUGAUGGCACCGACCCUGCUCUUUUCAGAUUGUUGGUUGGCGACCCAGAAGGAGCUGGAGCAGUGCUUUGGAAGUAUGACAGCGAGUUGGCAGACGACGAUCUCGUUUUAGCACUUUCUGCAGGAACUCCCGAUAAUGUUUGCAUUAUCAGCGGUGGAGGCAGGUUUCCUGGCCCCGGAGAAGACCGCCGCACAGGGCCAGGGGAACCCGAGAAUGGCAUUAUUGCUGGAGAAUUACGACGCAGAGGCUGCUGCGCAGAUUGGUGUGAAAUGUCGCUCUCAUGCAUUUGACUUAAAAAUGCUGGCGAUUGUUCGCCUGGUGGAGGUGGAGGAGGACCAGUGUUGAUCAUUGAAGGUGUUGCAGGUUGCAAUGGAUCAAAUACAGAUAAGUUUCUGGGCCUGUUUGAGGAUCCACUGUAUCUGAUAUCCUUAUAAGGCAGUUGGCUUUGGUCAUAAGGAUGGAAGGAUGACGUGGCGGAUGAGUUGCGCGGUGGAGGUUGGGGUAUAUGAGACAGAGACGUAUGAGGGCUGUGAACCGGAACCGCAAGAGAUCCGUGGCUAUCCGAGAAGAUUGAGCCGCCCUCAGCAUAGUGUCCAAGGCCAUUUGUCACUUGUUUGAAAGCCAUGUCUCGCGCGGCGCACCGUUGAAGAACAUUGGUCUUGAAUUUUUCCAACUCCGACAGCAAUUUUGUAGUCAUCAUUUCGUUAGCGGGUUCUUUGGGUAUCAGCCCAACGACAUCCUUAAGAACGUCGAGAAGGGAAACACAAUCAUAGUUCGUUUUUGUUAGGUCUUCCUUCACAAUUUUAUAGCGGUAUGUCAAAGCGUCGUAAGCUCUAAGUAAAUCGUGAUACUGACCGGUGAGCUCUAGAUAGUUUAAUUCCUUGGGUGGCAUCGUCGUACUCAUCUGCUGUUGCACAUAGGAGUUGGUAAGUCUAGCUUUCAUGUCCACUUCUUCUUGCAUCGUUGCGUCGUUCAGAUCUCCCGGGCUAUUUGGAUGGUACCUAUAGGGCACGUAAUUCUGGGCGUCUUUCAUUCCCUCCGUCUGGGGGAGCUUCAAACUGUGAACUUCCUUUUGUGAGGCAAUAUUUUUGAACGAGCGUCGCUUGAUCUGAGUUAGACCCUCGAUGUUUCCUUGUCUGAACCAGCCAGAUGAGUGUUUGAAUUCCCAGACAUAUGAUCCAUUAUUCGACGAGUUAGAACCUUUUCUAGAGCCCGUUUGGUCUGAAGGAGGUGGUGUUGUGGUUAGCGUCUCGUUGCUAAAGUUAUCGUUCACUUUAUGAAAUCCAUACAUGUUCAGCUGCCGUAUAAACGAAGCUAUAUUUGCAUGUUUGAAAUAAUUGCUUAAUACUCUUGUAAACUCUUCGGAAGGAAGAACAUAGAAAGAAGUCUGGUUCGAAUGCCACCAUAUGAGGUGAUCAAGGUUGUGGUCUUCCAACAUUGCGUACAACUUGUGAAUGAACGAAGUGUUAGGAUUUUUGGUUUCUUUAUCCUUAACUUCUCUGGUUUCAUCCUGUUUGGCCAUUGCCACCGGCUCUUCUGACGACAUGACGGCUAUUUCUGGCACAUAUGAUGAUUCUAAGCGAUCAGUUUCACGAAUAUCGCACUGUUGGGAGGGCUGCAAUGAUUACUUCCUUUUC